AUGGGGACGGAAUUCAUCGACAUCAGCCAUGCAGAGGAUGGCCUCAAAGACACUCAACACCUGGUCGAGAUCACGGGCCAAGACUAUGACGCAGAUUCAGUGGUAGCGGAAUGGAAACCUGGCGUCCGAGAAUGGCUGGUCUUGGUCUGUGUCUCUCUUCUGAUGGCGAUGGAUGCAUUCAAUGCAACUGUAGUCUUGCCACUCGUGCCACACCUGUCGAUCACGAUCAAACAGCCUCUUGGAGGCGCGCUAUGGAUCGAAGCAUCGUAUCUCCUGGCGAGUGCGGCCAGCCAGCCCUUUUUUGCCAUGCUGGCUGCGCUUUUCGGAGUCGGUCCUAUUGUCCUUGGUGCUGCGGUGCUCGCCACCGUGGGGACGGGCGUAUGCAGCGGCUCCAUGAAUCUUUCUUGUCUGGUUGCCGGUCGGUUCGUGCAAGGCAUGGGGUGUGGAGGGGUCAGAGCGGUUUCGCUGGAGAUGAUAGAUGGAAUCAUCCCAGGAGUGCACAAGAUUCGCUUCUUCGGGUACGUCGCACAGACGUGGAUAAUCGGAGCCAUGCUGGGCCUCGUCUUUGGAGGAGUGCUCGUUGACCAUUCGACAUGGCUUUUUUAUGCCAGCUUCGUGUUCUGUGCGCUGAGUCUACUGGUGAUACCCUUCGCGGUGGACUUGCGAGGGUACAGACGCAUACCAAAAUGCAAGCUGCAUGACUUGAACUGGCUGGCAGCCGUGUUGACUUUCAUGGGAAUGGGCUGCCUCCUCAUCGGCACCAGCUGGGGAGGGACGUUGUAUGGCUGGAGCAACUGGCACAUACUGGUCCUUCUCUGCGCAGGGGGUGUGGCAAUGGUUGCGCUUCUGCUGUAUGAGUGCAUGCGGGCUAACCGGUCGAUAUUCUCCUCGGCAGUACUAUACAGCAUCCCAAGGCUGAUGUUGUACACGGGGGGUCUGCUGCACGGGUUUCUGCUCUCCUGCCAUCUCCUGAACUGCUGUCUGUACCUGAUCUUAAUCAAAACCCUCCCACCAGCCCUCACAGGACUCAGCCUGUUAACCAUCGCCAGUCCGGCACUCAUGCUCCUGGUCCUGACAGAAAGGGUACGACUGCUGCGAAGCCCUCGGCUCUCACCGUGGACCAUACGCGCUGGCUGGAUGUGUAGCACACUCAGCACAGUCUUCUUUAUCAUCCUGGACUCUCACACCCCGCCGCAAGUAUGGGUCUUCAUCUUCCUCGGCACAGGGAUCAGUCACGCCUUGCUUGCCUCAGGAUACCACCGAUGCCUGCACAACGCCCCUAAAGAGAUCCAACCAUCGCCUCCCAGACGCAGGAAUCGGGGCUCUUCUCCUUCCCAUAUCCUGGUAUAUUCCAUUCUGUGCGCGUGGGGCAUGUGCAUCGCGGUUCCGUUGAGCGGGGCCAUCCUGCUGAAUCGAGUCUUUGGGGAAGUGAGAGAGGAGAGGAUAAACCACGGCAUGCACGCAGAUGACGCAGCGACACCUGGUGAUGUGGAGGAGCAGCUAAGGAGGAUGCUUGUCGAUGGGCUCCAGAUCUUGUGGCGCGUGUUGAUGGGGGCUGCUGCUCUCGGGGGCGUUACAUCACUGUUUGUGAGGUAGGACAGGGAGAAUGCCAUGUUCUGUGGGUAGUUUGAGCAAAAAUGAAUAUCCUAUUAUGGAUGCUGUCUUCAUCGUGGAGAAAGGGCAGAAGGGCAAACUUGGAAAGAC